GGCAAAUGUGCGGUUCCGGGUUGGUGCCCUGCUUGCUGUGCAGAGGUGGGGGCUGGUGACGUUCCCCAGGCCCUCGAGAGUCCGCGGAGGCGGGGCUGUGUUGGCUGCCCCAAAAGCAGGCAGUCAGUGACUUUGACCUCCAGACAGUUUUAAAUAUAGUAGAUAAAACAGAUACUGUGUUGCCAAAAUUCUUUGGCCUGGAUUUAAGUGGGAUGCAGCUAGACUGGAGGCCUGAACCUCUGUAGGUACCUGUGUCAUCAUUCCAUUCACUGAGGAGUUCAGGAAUUAGUUGUCUCUGCAAGAUAGCCACAUAGCAAAAUGUUUGCAAAACUAAAGAAGAAAAUCGCAGAAGAGACUGCUGUUGCUCAGAGGCCAGGAGGCACGAAUAGAAUUCCAAGAUCUGUGAGCAAGGAGUCUGUGGCCUCUAUGGGAGCUGACUCAGGAGAUGAUUUUGCUUCUGACGGAAGCAGCUCCAGAGAAGACCUCUCAUCCCAGCUUUUGAGAAGAAAUGAACAGAUACGGAAGUUAGAGGCCAGACUUUCUGACUAUGCUGAACAGGUCCGAAACUUGCAGAAGAUAAAAGAGAAGCUUGAAAUUGCAUUAGAAAAACACCAAGAUUCUUCCAUGCGGAAAUUUCAAGAGCAGAAUGAGACAUUCCAAGCCAACAGAGCCAAAAUGGCAGAAGGACUGGCUCUGGCAUUAGCCAGGAAGGACCAGGAAUGGUCAGAAAAGAUGGACCAGCUUGAAAAGGAUAAAAGAUAUCUGACAACUCAGCUGCAGGAAAUGAAGAAUCAGAGCCUGAGCCUUUUUCAAAAGAGAGAUGAAAUUGAUGAGUUAGAGGGGUUCCAGCAGCAGGAGAUGAGCAAAGUAAAACACAUGCUUUUAAGAAAAGAAGAAAGCUUGGGGAAAAUGGAGCAAGAGUUGGACGCACGAACCAGGGAACUUAAUCGCACUCAGGAGGAAUUGGUUACUUCCAAUCAGAUAUCGUCUGACUUAAGCCAGCAGCUAGAAGAAUUGCAGAGACACUGCUCUACGCUGGAAGAACAGAGAGAUCAUGUGAUAUCUUCAAAAGCAUGUGCAGAACAUAAGAUUGUAGUCCUGGAACAAAAGGAACAAGAACUCCAAGCAUUCAUUCAGCAGCUUUCUAUUGAUUUGCAAAAGGUCACUGCUGAAACUCAAGAGAAAGAAAAAAUCAUCACACAUUUGCAAGAGAAGGUUAUAUUCUUGGAAAAGAGACUAGAACAGAAUUUGUCAGGAGAAGAUCAUGUACAAGAGCUCUUGAAAGAGAGAACAGUUGCAGAACAGAAUCUAGAAGACACUAGGCAGCAACUCCUGGCUGCCAGGAGCAGCUACACCAAGGCCAUUGACCUCUUGGAGACUCGGGUGAAGGAUCUAGAGCAAAGCCUACAGGCUGCAGAGGAGCAGCUGAACCAGAGCAGGGAUGUUGUGACUGCCCAGGAAGCCCAGAUUCAGAAACUUAUCACUAAACACCAAGAGAACAGCCUCUCCCAACAACAGGUUCUUGCCCUGGAGCAGCAUUGCAGGGAGUGCACCCAUGCACUAGAGGCCCAGAUUGAAGCUCUAGAACAAACACGGGCAGCCGAUCAGAUAGCUUCAGAGCAGGGAAUGCAACAGCUGCAGCAGGAGAAUGUGGCCCUUAAAGAAAGCAGAAAUGAAUGUGAACGUUCUUUACGGCACCACCAGUCUGAACUAAAGAAACUAAAGGAUGAAUGGAGCCAAAGAGAAAUUGUGAGUGUGGCUAUGGCUCAAGCCCUGGAGGAGGUGCGGAAACAGAGGGAAGAGUUCCAGCAGCAGGCUGCCCAGUUGUCAGCCAUCAUAGAAGAGAAAAAUCGGAGCCUGUGUGAAAAGGACGAGGUGCUUCUCCAGAAGGAGCAGGAACUUGACCAGCUGGAGAAAGGUCACAGUUCUGCCCUGCUGCAGAUGCACCAACUACAGAAUGAACUGGAGGCCUUGAGGAGCUGCAGAGCCCAGGAGGCAGUGCCAGCUACAACAGGACAGGACCCCCUGGAGUCACUUGUCAUCGCAAAAGCCAUGCAGAAUCCUGAGUAUGAGCUUCAGGCAGCAGAGGGAACUCCAAAUGGUGAGGUUGAAGCCAUGAGUAUAGAGCAGCUACAGAAAGAAAAGCAGGACUUAGAGCAGCAACUUACGGAGAAGAAUAAGAUUAUGAAGCAGAUGCAGCAGAGGAUGCUGGAACUUAAGAAGACUCUGCAGAAGGAGCUGAAAAUCAGGCCUGACAGUGAGCUUUUUGAGGUCCGGGAGAGAACAGGCCCUGAGAUACCAAAUAUGGCCAAUAAUGCUGUCACCAAUAAUGCUGACCUGACUGACGCCCGAGAGAUCAAUUUUGAAUACCUUAAACAUGUUGUUUUAAAAUUCAUGUCCUGUCGAGAAUCCGAGGCCUUCCAUCUUAUAAAGGCAGUGUCAGUGCUGUUGAACUUCUCACAAGAGGAAGAGAACAUGCUCAAGGAGACUCUGGAGUACAAGAUGUCUUGGUUUGGAUCCAAACCAGCUCCCAAGGGCAGCAUCCGGCCGUCUAUCUCCAACCCACGGAUACCAUGGUCCUAGACACCCAAGGAUAGAGCUACAUGGGCUGACAAUUUCUGUGAAAAGAACACUGACACACCAGACUGGGUGGGUUUUUCAUUGCUGUAACUGCAGUAUUUUGUACAAGUGUCUAGACACUGUUUACAAGACCUUAGGCCCACCUCUCUGCAAGCUAGUAUGAACUUCAGAAGGAAACCAGCCCUGUCAUUCUGGUCACCAAACAAGAGCGAUCCUGGGCUCUGCCCAGAUCUUCACAGUGCUGCUAAUAUCCCAGCUCUGGCCCGCUGCAGUUGAGUCCUCUCUCUUAAAACUGAAGUCAGGUAACAACUGAUUAUCAGACGGUGGUGGCAGGACUGAAGGUGGGGCCAGCUCAGAGAAAAGCCAACUCAAGAGUGGUCUUUGAAGUCCCCUUCCACUAGCAAGAAAGUGUCGUUUCACUUUGUUCCCCGGCCACCUAGAAUUGGAGAUGUGUCCAUCUCAUAACGGGGCCAGUGUGAACUGAUGAGUACGCAACUUUCCAGUCCUGAGAAAACUAGCAAGCAGACGAAGGGAGAUCUCUACAUAUAGCACCAAAUACACUCAAUUGCCUUCUUAAUGAAUGUACUUGUCUCGAUGGGUUGCUGGUAAACCAUUUUAAGCUAUUUUUUAUAGCAAAAGUUCACUAUUAUAAACAUGACUUCUGUAUUAUAAAAUCCAUGGAGGAGGAGACCCAGAGCGCCAGGUCUUUCUUGUGCCAGGAUGCGUGCCCUUUUGUCAUUUAGCUUACCUCUGUGGCACCUGCCUCUCUGGAGCAGUGGAGUUUCUCUGGCUUUGCUCUGAAUUCUGUCUUAUUACCACCAAACAAAAGCCAAUCAGUUUUUCUACUUCACUCCCCUACCCCAGUAUUUAACACUACAUUAUAGGCGGCUUCCAGCAGCCCAGCCGGCUGCCGCACCUAAGGGCACACACCUCAGCUUUAGCUGACGCAAGAAACUUGUAUUCAUUUCCACGCUUGUUCUGGAUACACAUUAGAUCUCAAGGGAAACAAUUUGAGUUUGAUGAAAGCUUCAUUAACAAACUAAUAACUGGAGCUUCUAAAGUUACCAUUUAGGUAAAUUUUUCAGCUUAAGGUCAACAUAUGUAUGUAUAUACAUAUAAUGUGCUGUAUAGAAAACCAAGUGUUUGCAGCAUUUGCCUUCUAAAUCAGGAUGGCAUUGGCUCUUAGUUUCCCUUUAGGGUGCUCCUUCCCAUUUAGUGGGGACAUAAAACCAGAGUUCCACUGUUCUAUGACUUUUACUGAGGAAGGUGUAGCUUCUCCACCAAGUACAAUUUCCUCCUUUCCCAGCAAUCCCAGCUUCAGAAGCCCUAGGUCUGAGGCUUCUCAGCCCUCGGCCCCUUGAGCUGGUCUAUCUCUCUCUCUUACACACACACACCCCUCUGCCUGCAGGUUGAGGUGUGUUGUGGGUCCACUCAUCUAAAUGGUUUUCCUACUGCAUGUUGAGCUCCUCCAGCACUAGAAGAGUGCAGUAGCUAUUCCAAAUGGCUUGGUGCACUUUCCUUCUAUAAACUUUGGUGACGAGACAGUAUGUGUAGCCCUUUCUGUGUGAGCACUGGACUGUGACCUUACUAUCCAUGUAAAUAGUGAUGGAUGCUAUUAUCGAAGAACUGCUGUAGCCGAGUCAUUCGUGGGUGCAAUACUUUUUGAUUAAAGCUCUUCAAGAUACAACUACAGUGAGUUUUACUUGAUCAAGCUUGAGAUAUGGUUUUGGGGUGUUUUGUUUUUCUGGUUUUUCAAGGUAGGGUUGGCUUCUCUGUGUAGUCUUGGCUGUCCUGGAAUUCACUCUGUAGACCAGGCUGGCCUCAAGAGAUCUGCCUGUCUCUGCCUCAAGUGCUGCCUGGCUUUGUAUUUAAAAUUUCAAGGGCUACGGAUGUUUGUUUUUCAAAAGGAAGCAAACUCCCCAGAUUUGAAGUGAAUAAACAUGUGAUUUAACAA